AUAUACUUACAAUCAACUCCAAGCAAUUAGAAAUGGCGCUUCUGGAGCAGGCGCUUCGCGCCGGGUUGCAGUUUGCACUGACGCCGCUGGGAGCACUGUGCAUAAUCGCUGGCGUUGCUCUGACGUGGCUUGGCUGGGCUCCGGUGACGCGCUGGAGGCUGCGCAACAUUCCGGGCCCCUUUGCGCUCCCCUUCCUGGGCCACCUGCCCGCCAUCUCCGCUCGUGACCUGGUCCACUUCUGUCACGACGUGGCCCGACAGUAUGGGCCCGUGGCGCAGGUAUGGGUGGCUGCGCGGCCUUGGAUCGUGGUGUCGGACCCUGUGGCCGCACGCAAGAUCGCCUACAGGUCUCUGGCCCGGCCGUCCACCGUGGCCUCAUUCACGCAUGCACUGGUGGGGGAGCCGCGGCAAGUGGACGACGAGUCCAUCUUCUGGAACAGGGGCCCGGCCUGGAAGGCCUCCCGCCGCGCCUUCGAGACGUCUGUCCUGCGGCCCGACCGACUGGCGGCGCACAUGCCGGCCGUACGACGCUGUACGGAGCGCUUCCUGGCCCGGCUGGCGCCGUACGCGGACGGCAGUACGGCAGUGGACAUGAAGGACGAGUACGGCGUCAUCGCACUGGCCAUCACUGGGGAGGUCGCGUACGGCGUGAGCUUCUGGCCCAGUGACGAGGACGCGGCGCUGCUGGCUGCCCCUACUGGGGGCAGCGGCGCCGCGACGUCCUCCUCCUCCUCCUCCUCCUCCUCCUCAAAGUCGCCAAGCUCGGCCCUUGUGCGCGCCUGCCACGAGUGCAUGGCCUGCUUCGAGCUGCCGCUGGCGACCAUGUACCUGCCGCUCCAGAUGCUGCUGCCUGCGCUGCGGCCGCUGUGGCUGGCACUGGCGGCCGCACUGCCGGACGCGGCCCAGCGGCGCCACAUGGAGGCGCGGCAGGCGGUGGCGGACGUCAGCCGCCGCCUGAUGCGGGAGUGGCAGCAGCAGGCAGCCGCCCGCGCAAAUGACAGCGGCGGUGAUGGGCUGCUGCUGAAGGACCAAACACCCGUUGUCAACGGUGGUAGCAGCAGCAGCGGCAGCGGCGGCAUCAGCUCCAGCAGCUUCCUGGCUGCGAUGCUGAAGGACCAAACCGGAUCCAACACCGCCUGCGCCAGCAGCAGCGGGACUGAUGGUGGCGUCGGGGGCGGGGGCGGCGGCAGCGCCCGCGGCAGCGAGAGCGGCACGGGGCCGCGUGUGAGCGGCAGCGGCAGCGGCAAUGGCGGUGGUGGUGGGACGGAGCCGCCGCCACGCAUGUCAGAGACCCAGGUGAUCAGCCAGGGCCUGUCGUUCAUCCUGGCUGGCUACGACACCACGGGCACCACCCUGGCGCUCACCACCUUCCUGCUCGCACACAACCCCACCACACAAGAGAAGCUGCGUGCCGAGCUGGUGGAGAACCGGGAGCUGCUGGACUCGGCAGACGGACUCGCCCAGCUGCCGUACCUGGACGCUGUGCUCAAGGAGUCCCAGCGACUGCACCCGGCGGUGGGGCACUUCUGGCGUGACGCCACGUCCGACAUCGCGCUUCCCGAGAUGGGAGGGCUGGUCAUUCCCAAGGGCUCUUUCGUGAGCAUCUCCAUUUACAACAUGCACCGGGACCCCGCCCACUGGAAGGAGCCGGAGAGGUUCAUUCCGGAGCGGUUCCUGCAGGCGACCGGCGGCGCUUUGGGCCCCACGGACCCGGGGGCAUACGUGCCCUUCGGCAGCGGGCCGCGCAUGUGCGUGGGCUAUAAGAUGGCGAUCAUGGUGGUCAAGAGUGUGCUGGCGGGUCUGCUGCUGCGCUACCGGGUGGCGCUGCACCCCAGGCAGCCGCUGCCGCUGCGCCUCAAGACCGGGCUCACGCUGGAGCCGGCGGACGGCGUGUGGGUGACGCUGCAGCCGCUGCUGCUGCCGGGCGCCAAGUAGUGAUAAGGAGGGGCAGCAGCAGGGCUGACAGGGCUAGUUGGGACAGCAGGCAGGGUUACGCAGCUUACGCUGGGCGCGUGAUGAUGGUGAUGAGGAGGAUGGAGAUCGAGGAGGAGGAGGAGGAUUUUCCCAAUCAAAGUGGAGCGCGUGGUAAGAGGUGGCUUCGAGGAUGGCUGGUACGUUUGUGGGUGGAUCAUGUGCAUGGCUAGCUUUCAAUAAAAAGGCGAAUGGGGUCAAGGGCCGUCUAGCCCUCAAGAAAGGUGAGUGUAUGUGGUUAGGGGAGCUGGAAUCUAGCUACGCUUUAGGUAGGAACAGGUAGGAAUUCUAUGGAGCCGAUGCUGCUGAGAGCCUACGUGCCUUGUGUGCGGUGCUGGCGUAGAAGGUGUGUAAAUACGGUGAUGGACAGGGGCUUCUGGAAGUGAAAAUCUGAAG